AUGUCCAACCUCAACGUUCUGGUGGUGGGAGCAUCGAUCGCGGGCCCAGCAACGGCUUACUGGCUUGCAAAAGCCGGAGCAGAUGUCACCAUCAUCGAACGCUUCCCGGAACUGCGGACCAAUGGCCAAGGCAUCGACAUUCGCACCGCUGGAGUCACGGUAAUGCGAAAGAUGCCCGGCAUGGAGCCUGCGGUGCGAGCGAAGACGACGCAGAUGGAAGGCAUGAGCUUUGUUCGAGAAGAUGGUCGACCGUACGGCGUAAUCAAGCCUACUGGCAACCCGGACCAGCAAAGUCUCAUAUCCGAGUACGAGGUCUUCCGCGGUGAUCUGGCGCAAAUCCUGUAUGAUCUCACAAAGGAGAAUGAGAACAUUCGCUACGUCUUCGGAGAACAGGUCACCUCGAUGAAGCACAGCGAGAAGGAAGAUGGACCCAUUACGGUUGAGUUUACGAAUAUCCUACCCACUUCCGAAUACGAUCUCGUGGUGGCCUGCGAUGGUGCAACGUCCCGCACACGCGCAAUGGGCCUUGGAUGCGGCGCGCGAGACUACGUCCUGCCGACAAACUUCUGGGCGGUCUACUUCUCGGUCCCAGACAUGCUGAAAGGCAGCACCGUAGCAGUAGGCCACAGCGCUGUUGGCGGCCGCUCCGUUUGUCUUGGCCCUGACCCAGCAGGCGUGACCCGCGCGACGCUAUUCAGGAUCUAUCCAAGCAGUGAGAAGGAUGCUACACUGCCCUUUCGCGAAGCUACAAAACGAGGAGACGAUGCGUUGAAAGACUACGUCGCACAGCAAUUCCGCGGUAUCGGCUGGAAGGCGGAAGAGAUCCUUGACUACAUGAUGGAAGCGGAUGACUGGUACGCCAGCGAGGUCGUGCAGGUGAAAUGCCCAAACGUUUACAACGGACGCUUCGCCAUGGUCGGAGAUGCAGGCUACGCAACAGGUCCCACGGGCGGAGGCACAUCUGUCGCGCUUGCGGGAGCCUACCUACUGGCGGGCGAACUUUGCAAGCACAAAGGCAACAUCAAGGCUGGCUUGGAAGGCUACGAGACGCAGAUCAGACCCAUCAUCACGGAGUUGCAGAAGAUCCCGCCAUUCGUGGGCGCUUUUAUGGCGCCACAGACGGCUUGGGGUCUUUGGUUACGGAACCAUCUCUUCGCCUUCAUCACCUGGAGCGGGGUAGUGGACGUUAUGCAGAAGUUCUUCGCAGGUUCCUUUGCUCAUACCGAUCAGUAUAAGAUGCCGGAGUACGAGUGGGUGAGAUGA